AUGGCAGAUCCUGAAUCUGACAAAUGGGUUGAAGCCAUGAACGGAGAGAUGCAAUCCAUGAGAAAAAACCAAGUAUGGGGUUUGGUUGAACUUCCUCCCCAAUUUGGAUCUAUCAUGUACGCCAUAUAUUAUACUAAACUUGAUCUUGCUUAUGCCAUGAGUAUGAUAAGCAAGUUCCAACAAAAUCCCGGGGAGAGUCAUUGGAUGGUUGUGAAGAAGAUCCUUAAGUACUUUCAUAGAACUAAAGAUAUAUUCCUCGUGUAUGGAGGCGUUGAUGAAAGCUUAAGUGUAAAGUUUUACAUUGAUGCUUCAUUAACAACAGAUCAAGAUGAUUGUAAGUCAGAAUCAGGAUAUGUGUUGAUUGUCAAUGGGGGUGCAGUGUCUUGGAAGAGCUCGAAGAAAAGUGUUGUAGCACAGUUCACUACAGAGUCAAAAUACAUCGCUUCUUUAGAAGUUGCACAAGAGGUUGCUUGGAUGAAGAAAUUCAUUAGAGAUCUAGGCGUGGUUCCUUCCAUUCAGGACCCCCUAGAAGUCUUCUAUGAAAAUGAGGUAGCAAUUGCUUUGGCAAUAUAUCGUAAAUCACAUAAGAAGAUCAGGCAUAUCAGUUGUAGAUUCCACUUCAUUCGGUAUAAAGUUGAAGAUGGUGAAAUCGGUAUUCGUAAUGUUCACACUGAUGAUAAUUUGGUUGAUCCUUUCAUGAAGGCCCUUCCUCAAUAA